AUGACCGACAGCGGUUUAUCGAGAUUGCCUGGAAAGGUUGCGAUUGUCACGGGGGGUAGUAGCGGAAUUGGGAGGGCAACGGUUGAACUCUUCGUCAAACACGGAGCCAAAGUCGUUUCAAUCGAUCUCAACGAACCUGUCGCGCCCGAAGCUCCUUAUCCCGAGCAAGUGGUUUUCGUACCGGGCAGCGUAACUGAUGAGCAGGUAUGGUCGAGAGCUCUUCGAGAAGCUAAGAGUCUAGGUGGUGUUGCGGACGUUCUGGUGCAGUGUGCGGGCAUACCUGGUCGAGAAGGUCUGCUGGACACUACCAUUGAAAAAUGGAAUUACGUGCUGAGCGUCAAUUGUACUGCCAUCAUGUACGGAAUGCAGGUCUUCAUCAAAGGUCUCGUCGAGGCAGGGCAACCUGGAUCAAUUGUAAAUGUCUCAUCGACCGUCGCUAUAGAUUUUGCGAAGCAUGGAAUAAGAGCUAAUUGCGUAGCACCGGGAUUGACAAUUACUGGAAUGACACGCAAUUCCACUCGGCCCGCAAGCUCGAAGCAGUAUAUGCUGGAUCGUACCCCUCUGAAUCGAUGGGGAACAGCUGAAGAGACAGCUUAUUCGAUACUGUACCUCUCGUCCGAUGAAGCUGCGUAUGUUACUGGCCAGACCAUCUGUCACGAUGGUGGAUAUAGUGCAGCAUGA